GGCGGGGCAGGGCUGGGCUUGGCGCAGGCGCACAGCUCUGGCCGAGCAACAUGGCGAACCUAGCGCCUCAACCCAGCAAGAGAAAGCGCGAGCCAGAGGCGGAGGAGGCGGAAGCCGCCGGCAUAGAAGAAAAGGGAACGGGAGUUGGGAAUGGUACCUCUGCCCCUGUGCGCUUACCGUUCUCCGGCUUUAGAGUGAAAAAAGUGCUGAGGGAGUCUGCGAGGGACAAAAUCAUUUUUCUCCAUGGGAAGGUGAAUGAGACCUCUGGGGAUGGAGAUGGAGAUGGAGAGGAUGCUGUUGUGAUCCUAGAGAAGACACCGUUUCAGGUAGAGCAGGUGGCCCAGCUCCUGAAGGGCAACCCAGAGCUCCAGUUGCAGUUCUCCAAUGAUAUCUACAGCACUUAUCACCUGUUUCCUCCACGGCAGCUGAGUGACGUGAAGACAACUGUGGUUUACCCUGCCACAGAGAAGCACCUGCAGAAGUACCUGCGCCAGGACCUCCGCCUGGUCCGAGAGACGGGAAGCGAUUACAGGAACAUCACCUUACCCCACCUGGAGUCCCAGAGCCUCAGCAUCCAGUGGGUGUACAACAUUCUGGAUAAGAAGGCGGAAACCGACCGGAUUGUUUUUGAGAACCCACAUCCCUCCGAUGGCUUUGUCCUCAUCCCCGAUCUCAAGUGGAAUCAACAGCAGCUUGAUGACCUGUACCUGAUCGCCAUUUGCCAUCGCCGCGGCAUCCGAUCGCUUCGGGACCUCACUCCAGAGCACCUGCCGCUGCUCAGGAAUAUCCUCCGGGAGGGCCAGGAGGCCAUCCUGCAGCGCUACCAGGUGAAGGGGGACCAGCUCCGCGUGUACCUGCAUUACCUGCCUUCCUACUACCAUCUGCACGUGCACUUCACGGCCCUGGGCUUCGAGGCCCCCGGCACAGGCGUGGAGCGGGCUCAUCUGUUAGCGGACGUGAUCGAGAACCUGGAGUGUGAUCCGGACUACUACCAGCGGCGCACCCUCACCUUCGCCCUCAGGGCUGAUGACCCACUGCUCGGGCUCUUGCAGGAGGCCCAGACAAGCUGAGUCCAACCCCGGGGCUGCCCGGCAAAGAGCACAGAUGUGUGGGAUUGGGGACGGGGGUGGGAGGGACCUGGGGAAGGGCUCGGGACUUUUAGCACCAAGUGAAUUUUUUUAAAAAAAUGUAUUUUGUACUGGCUUAUUCCUAGGAUGUGAAUAAAGUAUUAGUCUCCUUU